ACACUCAGAAACGCAACCCUCAAACCCAUCUCAAGGAUCCGGAUAUGUUUUGGGACUUCAUAUCCCUGAGACCGGAGACCACACAUCAGGUGUCGUUCCUGUUCUCCGAUCGGGGAAUACCUGAUGGUUAUCGCCAUAUGAAUGGCUAUGGAUCGCACACCUAUAAGUUGGUCAACGCUAAGGGGGAGGCUUUCUAUACGAAAUUCCAUUGGAAAGUAGAUCAAGGAAUCAAGAACUUGGAUGUCGUUAAAGCCGCCAGACUUUCCGGCGAUGAUCCGGACUAUUCAAUCCGCGAUUUGUAUAACGCAAUCGCUAACAAACAGUACCCCUCGUGGACUCUUCACGUGCAGGUCAUGACCUUC